AGGGCUACAGGCAAAAAGAACCCGCCCGAUCCCCUCAGAGCAAACUCUAUUUUUAAAAUAGUGCGUGAGAUCGGGGAAAAAAACAACACAGUGAGAUCGAAAUUCAAACUGAAGCGUAAACCUUGUUCCUUCUUCUCUCUCGUUGGUAUUUUCAAUUCCCUUUCUGUGUUUUUAUUAUUUAGGGUUUUUGUUUCUUCUUACCAAAGCGAAGCUUUAAGUUAUUUUUUGGUUGAGCUUCUACUGCAUUCGAAAAGGGGGAACAAGAUGCUUCCUCUUUCUCUACUAAAAACUGCACAGGGCCAUCCUAUGCUGGUGGAACUGAAAAAUGGGGAGACUUAUAAUGGACAUUUAGUCAAUUGCGACACUUGGAUGAACAUUCAUCUUCGUGAAGUUAUCUGCACUUCUAAGGAUGGAGACAGGUUUUGGCGAAUGCCCGAAUGCUAUAUCCGUGGAAAUACAAUUAAGUAUCUUCGAGUUCCUGAUGAGGUAAUUGAUAAAGUUCAGGAAGAAACAAAGAGUCGUGCAGAUAGGAAGCCUCCUGUUUUAGGUCGUGGCAGAGGUAGAGGUAGAGAAGAUGGUCCUGGUGGAAGGCAACCAAAAGGAGCUGGGCGUGGAUUUGAAGAUGGUGCUAAGGGUGCAGGAGGACGAGGCAGGGGUGGCUCAGGUGGAAAGACCAGUGGAAGCAGAGGUGGUGGCCGAGGUCGAGGUUGAUGUCAUGCUUCUUUAUAUUGGGCAACGUUGCUAUUUUUAGAAGCUGGUUGCCUCCAAUUGACCGAAGUUGGUUUCUAUCCUUUUGUUUUUUCUGUCGGAGUGGUUUGUCCGAAGUCCCAAAUAUCAUUUAGCAUUGCAAAAUUAAGAUCUAAGAUAUUGUUUUGUGGUUUGCCACUUUGUCUUCUUGCCCUUUUAUCUUAUUAAGGUUCUGUACGUCACAGUUACCUGUUAAAUGAUUACCCACUUUGUUGGAAUGAAUUUAUUUACUUAUCAUGAAA